AUGGUCGCAUCAGCAGCUGCAAAAAGUAACCCCAACCACGAUCAAAAAAUGGUUGCCACAGUCGUUGAAUCAACAGGAUGUAACGAUGCAUCCGCACCUGCAACAACUCCAUCUUAUUUGAACCUCCCGCUCGAACUCUGGCAACACAUCUACAGUUUCCUCCCUCCCUCCUCCCUCCUCGAAGGCGCCCUUGUCUGCAGCACCAGCGCUUUGUCCCUCCCCCUCUACUGCCAAUCCCAGAUCUGGGCUUCCUUUGGGGCAGACGACUGGGUCUUUGAAGGGAUCUACCAAGGCCUUUGCAGGAACGCUCACCUCCUCCGCAAGGUCACCUGUGCCGCCAAAUCUCAGAUCCAAGUCCUCGCCACGCGGGAAUGCCAAUCUCUUACACAUUUGGAUAGUGAGCAGCUUCGAUUUUUGAAUGCUCAGAUUCUGGAAGAGAUUCUAGAGAAUAAUGCAGAAGGGCUGUUGAGUUUGAGGCUGAGGUUGGAUAGAGCGCUUUUCCAGGUGGUUGCGGGCAAGGUUGAGAGGAUGACGGAGUUGAAGGAGCUGUACUUGCAGCAUUGGGAGGGUAUUCAUCAGGAGGCUAUCGUGGCGCUUCUUGAGGCCUGUCCGCAUAUCGAGACCCUCUCCUUGGGCUACAACUCACUGUAUCCGUUUCAACUCGACAACCUCCGCUUGGAUGCUCCCUUGCCAGAUGCCGGAACAGGAGCGGGAACAGUAUCGACACAGCAGCCGUUGUCAAAGACGAGGUCGAUGUUCAAGGUCCGGACACUGAUUUUGGACGGGUCGGCAAUUUUGCACGAGGGAGUGGUGCUCAACCUUGUGUCAAGGUGUCCGGAACUGGAGAGUCUCUCUAUGCAAGGAUGUUACGGAAUUCGUCUCACAAGCGAAUUCAUCACCACCCUGGCAAAGGCGGCCCCAUCCUUGCGACACGUCAACUUUACGAACCAAUCUAUCACGGACGACUUUUUCACGACCCUGUUUACAAACUUCCCAUGCCUCAAGGAACUCCGAGCAACAAACUCCAGUCUCACGAACGCGGAUAUCCAGGUCUUAUUACAGAACAGUGCUUCUUCACUAGAAGUACUCGACAUUGGGUUCUCUACAUCCAUUGAGAGUCGGUCGGUCUUGGCAGUGUUGACACAGUGUCCCAGGUUGGAGUAUCUGGACGCACGAGGGGUCGAUUUCAAUCCGAGAGACAUGGAGGCUCAGGAUGUUUGGGUCUGUCGCCAUCUAGUCUUUCUCUGCCUCGAGAUUCUGUUGCCGAAACGAGCCCACUAUGCUGCUGGUGAGCCGGCUCAGAUACGAGAAAGGAUCUACCAACAACUCGCUCGGCUGGACAAACUAAAGUCAUUGCAUCUGGGGGCAGGAUCUAAGGAUCGCGGUGUCAACAUUCUGGAGAUGUCACUAUUGACAGGACUAUCGACGCUGUCGACAUUGAAUCGGCUGGAGAGACUGGAUAUCAAGGGGUUGAAUCAUGCCGUCCGGGCUCCUGAGGUCGUCUGGAUGCUGGCCCAUUGGCCGCGGUUAAAGUCGAUGGGAAUCCUGCUGGACAGUAAUGUUGACAUGGAGCUAAUCCAGGCAGUGCACCGUAUCCACAAACAUAUCCGCAUCUGGUAG